GUCAGUCUAAGCAAGAAAAAACGUCGGCCGCGUUUUCUGUCUAAAAAUCUAUUUGCUUUAUUUGUGCAGCAUUUCCAAUUAAAAGGAGAACGUCGAAGCAAACGAUUGCCGGAAAAAAAAACUACUUGAGCUAAAAACAAGCAAAUUUAAGAAAUAUACGUGCAAGAUGUCAAGUAAAUCCCGACGUGCUGGCACCGCGACGCCGCAGCCCGGCAAUACCUCCACCCCGUUGCCACCGUCUGCUCCUCAGUCGCAGCCAUCGCAAUCGCAACAGGGUCAGGCCGCCAGUCCACUCAGCCCCACGCGCCAUUCACGUCUAGUGGAGAAGGUGGAGCUGCAGAAUCUAAAUGAUCGUCUGGCUUGCUAUAUCGAUCGCGUGCGUAAUCUGGAGACAGAGAACUCGCGCCUAAGCAUUGAGGUGCAAACGCAACGUGAUACGGUGACCAGGGAAACGACUAACAUUAAGAAUAUCUAUGAGGCUGAGCUGCUGGAGGCACGUCGUCUGUUGGACGAAACGGCACGCGAACGUGCACGCCUGGAAAUUGAUACAAAGCGUAUGUGGGAGGAAAAUGGGGAGUUGAGUGCACGACUUGACAAGAAGACCAAGGAUUGCAGCGCAGCUGAGGCUAAUGCCCGCAUUUGUGAGUCGCGUGCCAGCGAGUUCAAUAGCAAAUAUAAUCAGGCCAAUAAUGAUCGCAAGAAGGCUAUUGAAGAACUUAAUGAGGCGCUGAAGGAGUUAGAACGCUUGCGCAAGCAGUUGGACGAUUCGCGCAAAAAUCUCGAGCAGGAAACUUUGGCGCGCGUUGAUCUGGAGAACAACAUACAGAGUCUGCGUGAAGAGCUCUCGCUGAAGGAUCAAGUGCAUAUACAGGAGAUUAACAAGUCGAUGCGUAUACGCCAGACCGAGUACAGUGAGAUCGAUGGACGCCUCUCAUCGGAAUAUGAGGCUAAGCUGCAGCAGUCGCUGCAGGAGCUGCGCAGUCAAUAUGAAGAGCAAAUGCGUUGCAACCGCGAAGAUAUCGAGGCACUGUAUGAAGCUAAGAUACGCUCGCUGCAGGACUCAGCCUCACGCACUCACAACUCCUCACAUAAGAGCAUUGAGGAGUUGCGCAAUUCACGCAUACGCAUUGAUGGUUUGAAUGCCAAGAUCAAUGACCUAGAGUCCACAAACGCGAUGCUGAAUGCACGUAUACGCGAAGUCGAGCAGCAGUUGGACAACGACCGUGAGCGUCAUAGCACUGAUAUGGCCUUGCUCGAAAAGGAGCUACUGCGUUUGCGGGAAGAAAUGGCGUUACAGUUGCAGGAAUAUCAGGAUCUUAUGGACAUUAAGGUCUCGUUAGAUUUGGAAAUUGCUGCCUAUGACAAGUUGCUGGUGGGGGAGGAGGCACGCCUUAAUAUAACACCUGCCAACACGGCUACUGUACAAUCCUUCAGUCAAUCCCUGCGCCACACACGCGCUACACCAUCGCGUCGCACUCCUUCGAAUUUGAAACGCAAGCGUGCCGUUGUGGAUGAGUCUGAGGAUCGCAGUUUUUCCGAUUUCUAUAUCACAGCCAAUUCCAAGGGCAAUGUGGAGAUUCAGGAAAUUGACCCAGAGGGAAAAUAUGUCAAGCUCUACAACAAGGGCAACGAGGAAGUAUCCAUUGGUGGUUGGCAGUUGCAGCGUUCCAUAAAUGAGGGCGGUCCAGCUACUACCUACAAGUUCCACCGUUCCGUUAAGAUUGAACCGAGUGCCUGUGUAACCGUUUGGUCAUCCGACUCAAGAGCCACACACGAGCCGCCGUCCAACAUUGUAAUGAAGCAACAGAAAUGGAUCACAGGCGAGAAUACAAAAACAACACUAAUAAAUGGAGAUGGCGAGGCUGUUGCCACGCUGGAGCGCCUCAAGCGCAUCAUCUCCACACACAUGUCCUCGACGCGUAUGAGUCGCCGACGCAGCAUUAGUGCUGUUGAUGGCAAUGAGCAGCUCUAUCACCAACAGGGUGAUCCACAACAGGCCGGCGAAAAGUGCGCCAUUAUGUAAGAGCAUAGAGAAAACAAGAAGAAGGAGAAGCAGCAGCACUACAAAAAAAAAAAAA